AUGCUGACGGUGCUCUGGCUAUGUCCCGCUCUCGAGCUAUGUUAGCAAAUGUCAACAACGUCGACACACGAAUGCGUAGUGUAGCGGAGGAAGAGGAAUAGAUGGAGGGUGGUGGUGGUGAGAGGAAGGGGGAGGAGUGCGUACCUAUUUUUGCACUCCCAUUUCCAUCUCUUUUUUUUAUGAUAAAACAAUGCACUCGUUUGCAUCCAUUCGAGGUAAAUCCUGCAUGGGUGUGGGUAUGGCCUCCGAUGUAACCCGGGGGUAUAAAUUGGCUCCCGCGAUAGCACACUUGCUGUUGCUCGACCUUUGCGAUGCGCACAAGCCGAAAACUACACUGUCGCGUUGUCAUCUCUCCAUUCAGCUCCCGCCUUCACAUUAUCCAGAAACCGACUAUUGCUGCGUCGGAUGCAUCAAUGCUCCCGUCGCCAGCGUCGUUUUUGGAGGCUCGUUCGAUCACAUCCGCAGCUGCAAUGCCUGACAGCCCAGUUGCCUUCUCACUUGCGAGCCAUGGGACAUCUGCAGGUAUACUGCAUGGUGAGCUUUUGGGAAUCAUAGCUGCUGUUUCGUUAUCCAUUCAUGCUGAUCCAAACCAGCCCUACCCCAUUUUUACCGAUCACUGUGUACGGGCAAAACUUGAUGCUGUUGUGCCUCGGCUCACACUUGAAGAUCUCACAAAGCUCCGUGCCCCAGAGAUAGACCUGCAAAUUCGAUGGCAUCGUCGAUUUGACCCUGCAGUACCAGCAGCCAAAGACACGCCAACUACAAAACAGAAGAAGGUCAAAGUGUUAAUGGAGGCCGUCGCACGGUAUCUGAGUGGCGAGGCAACCCCUGGUGGACCUUCGAUGUCGUUGCAGCCAAACAAUCAUCAUGAUAGCGCUGUUGCAUCCUUGUCGGAGCUGGGGGAUGGUGAGCACGAGGGCGAGGAUGAAUGAUAGUUGAUUUUGGUGUCCAAAUUGUCUAAUGUAGCUCACAGUAUCAUUCGAUAGUAAUUGCUUGGUAUUUGCACUCGUAAAUGGUGUGCGCUAGUGGUACUCCUGAUAUUUGCCAUCGCAUUCCCUAG